CCCUUUGCCUGAGCCAUUGGAUGAAGCCAAGGCUGCUCUGAAGCCAGCCCCAGACAACUCUGCUCCUCAGACGCCUGCCAAGGGCUCUCCCUAAAGGAGUGCAGGGGGAUUAAUGGACUGGAUGAAAUCUAGAGUUGGGGCCCUGGGACCGAGGGUCCCUCUGCUGGCUGUCUUCCUGUGGGCGCUCUGCCAGGCACACCCCAUCCCUGACUCCAGCCCCCUCCUCCAGUUUGGGAGUCAAGUCCGGCAGAUGCACCUCUACACAGAUGACGACCAGGACACCGAAGCCCACCUGGAGAUCAGAGAGGAUGGCACCGUGGUAGGCACCACACACCGCAGCCCGGAAAGUCUUCUGGAGCUCAAAGCCUUGAAACCAGGGGUCAUUCAAAUCCUGGGUGUCAAAACCUCUAGGUUUCUUUGCCAACAGCGAGAUGGAACGCUGUACGGAUCGCUUCACUUCGAUCCUGAGGCCUGCAGCUUCAGGGAGUUGCUCCUUGAAGACGGUUACAAUGUGUACCAGUCUGAAGCCCGUGGCCUGCCCCUGCGUCUGCCCCAGAGGGACUCCCCAAACCAGGGUCCAGCAUCCUGGGGACCCGUGCGCUUCCUGCCCGUGCUAGGCAGCCCCCAAGAGCCCCAAGAGCCACCGGGAUUCCUGGCCCCAGAACCCCCAGACGUAGGCUCCUCUGAUCCUCUGAGCAUGGUGGAGCCUUUGGCCGGCCGAAGCCCCAGCUAUGCUUCCUGACCCUCCCUGACUCUACGGGUGUUUCUUUUUGGGGUCCCUCUUAUUUAUUAUGGGUAUUUAUCUUAUUUAUUUAUUUUAAUUU